UCCCGUUUGGCUCGCGGGGAAGUGGGAGGCAGAUGCGCGCACCGCGCUUAGCCGUCUCCGCCCCUUUCCGAGCAGCCAAUCGCGGGAGAGACGCCGGACGCGCGCACGUCCCCUGGAGUUUAACGGUCGCGCGAGGCGUCUCGGCCGACCCUGACUUCGGCAGUGGGAGCGGCGGCCAGACUCUCAAGGAAGUUUAGGAUAUUUCACAGUUCUGAAUGUUAGCAACUGAAAAUGCUGGUAGACGAUGAAGCAUCUGAAGAUGACCCGGAUUCAGUUUCCUCAAACAGUGAAAGAGCCUAUAUUUUCAAAUAAGAGAGUAUAACAAUUUCUGUACACUAUGGAGGAUUUUGACUUGGUGAAAACCUUACAAAAAGCUUCAUCUGUAGAAUCUGAUAUCAAAAAUUCUCCCCAUUCUCUUGGAUUGAGCUUAAAUACUAAUAGAAGUAGUACAAAUGGGGUAUCCUCUUUCUCAGGGAAGACCAGACCCUCUGCCAUUCAAGGUACAGCUGAGUUCCUAAACUCCUUAACGCAAGAGCUACAGAACAGUGGAAAGACUGAUUCGGAACUUUGGAAAAACUGUGAGACUAGGUGGUUACAGCUGUUCAAUUUGGUGGAAAAACAAUGCCAAGAACAAAUAGUUGCUCAGCAAGAACAGUUCCACAACCAAAUUCAACGUAUACAGGAGGAGAUCAGAAAUUUAGUCAAAUUGCAGAUCAGUAAUGGUUCCUGGGCUUCUAGUGAUAAAAGUCCUUCAAGCAAACAAUUAUUUUCAGAAAGUCAGAUGGGUUUUUUUUCUGAAAAUAGUGAAAGAAAUGAAUCUGUUAUUAGUUAUCCUGAGCCUAAGGAGCCCGAGAUGCAACAAGAAAUGUCCACAUCACAGCCAGACUGCAAUGUGGACGGCAGCUCUGUGAGCAGUGGGUAUGGCACCUUUUGUAUCUCAGAAUUGAACACCUACAAAUCCAAGGACCCUGCAGAGCUCAUGGAGCACACAGGCCUUCCCAAGGGACAAUACCCAGCACCAGGAGUGCAGACAGAUUCGCCUGUAGAUGGCGCAGGAAAUGGCAGUUUUUAUGCACAAUCUCCCGAAGAGUUUUGUGAAUCUUUAAAGGAAGAUACUUCCAGUUUUCCUGAUGAAUUUGAACAUAAUUUUCUUGGUGAAAAUAAGAUUUCUGAAGUAUACAGUGGAAAAGCAGAUAGUAAAUCCAUAACAUCAUGGGCACAAAAGCUGAAGCAGAACCAAACCAAGAGAGCACAUAUAGAGGAUGGAUGUUCAAAAUCUAAGCAGGGGAGUGAGCAUAGCAAGAGACCUCCCAAUGAGAAGUCUGAUUUUGCUGCUCCUGCUGCUGCACACCCUCGUGCUUUUUACCUCUCUAAACCAGACGAAGAUCCAAGCUCGUGGAUGUCUGAUUCAGGAACAGGACUGACCUACUGGAAGCUGGAGGAGAAGGACAUGUAUCGCUGUCUGCCUCAAUCUUUAGAGAAGACAUUUGUACCCUGCACCUUGGCAGACGUGUCACCGAACCAGUCUAAUACUAGUAAUGAGAUGAAGCUCCGAUCACUGAAGGAUAUUUAUCAUAAAAAGCAAAGGGAAAACAAGCAGUUACCUGAGAGGAAUCUCACUUCUGCUUCCAACCCAAACCAUCUUCCAGAGGUCCUUACUCUAGAUCCGACGUUGCAUAUGAAGCCAAAUCAGCAGAUUUCGGGGAUUCAACCACAUGGCUUUUUGAAUGCUCUUGAUGACAGAAUAUCCUUUUCACCAGACUCUGUUCUGGAACCAAGUGUAUCUAGUCACUCUGACAUCGACUCAUUUUCACAAGCAAGCAAUAUCACUUCUCAGUUAUCCGGAUUUCCAAAAUAUCCUUCAAAUGCAAAAGCCUCAUCAAUGGACUCUUGGAAGAAUCAUGCAUUCCAAAGUGAAAGUAGGACCAGUUCCACAUUUCCUUCAGUGUACACUAUGACGAGUAACAAUAUCUCAGUCAACACUGUAGAUGAAGAGAACACUGUCAUGGUAGCGUCGGCCUCAGUCAGUCAAGCCCAGCUUCCAGAUGCAGCCAACAGUGUCCCAGAAUGCAUUUCAUUGACUUCCCUGGAAGAUCCCGUGAUAUUGUCUAAGUAUGUAUUUCAUUUUGUCAUUGAGAAUGAUUUGAGAGAACGCUUUAGUGCAGCCAACAGUGCCUCCAAAAUUUUGCAGGAACGAAUUGAAGAAAUGAGAACAAGCAAUAAAGAAAAAGACAAUACCAUCAUUCGACUAAAAUCUAGGCUGCAGGAUUUAGAAGAAGCAUUUGAGAAUGCUUACAAACUUUCAGAUGAUAAAGAAGCAAGACUAAAACAAGAAAACAAAAUGUUUCAAGAUCUCUUAGGAGAGUACGAGUCCCUUGGAAAAGAACACGGACGAGUAAAGGAUACAUUAAAUAUAACUGAGAACAAACUGCUUGAUGCACAAACUCAGAUUUCUGAUUUGAAAAGGACAAUCUCAAAACUUGAAGCUCAAGUGAAGCAAGUAGAGCAUGAAAAUAUGUUAAGUCUUCGUCAUAAUUCUAAAACUCAUGUGAGACCCUCACGUGCCAACACGCUGGCAACCUCAGAUGUCAGCAGGCGGAAGUGGCUGAUACCAGGCGCAGAGUAUUCCAUCUUCACUGGCCAGCCUCUGGACAUCCAGGACAGGAAGGUGGAUAAUCAGCUGGAGGGAACCUAUGUUCCUGGGUAUUAUUCUCCUCCUGAAAAGGAUUCUUCUCCUGGAAGUUCACCAACAAGCUUCUUGAUUAAAAAACAAAGAGAGACUUCAGACACACCGAUCAUGAAAGCAUUAAAAGAACUUGAUGAAGAAAAGAUACUUAAAAAUUGGGGGACACAGACAGAGAAAGAGGAUACCUCAAGUAAAUUAGUGAAUUCUCGGCAAACUGAAUCUUCAGUCAAUGCAAAUCCUUCCCCAGAGAAAUGUGCUCAGCAGAGACAAAAGAGACAGAAUUCUGCUUCACAGAGAUCAUCAUCUUUACCACCUUCAAAUCGUAAAUCCAGUACUCCAACAAAAAGAGAGAUUAUGUUAACACCAGUGACUGUGGCUUAUAGUCCAAAGCGAUCCCCUAAAGAAAAUUUAUCUCCAGGAUUUAGUCAUCUACUUAGCAAAAAUGAAAGCAAUCCAAUUAGAUUUGAUAUGCUUUUGGAUGAUUUAGAUACUGUUCCUGUGUCCACAUUACAACAAAAUAAUCCAAGAAAACAGCUCCAGUUUGUUCCUCUAGACGACUCAAAAGAAAAAAGAUAUUUAGAAAAUGCCACUGACAACCAUGGUAAUCAUAACUCUUGCUCUGAAUCCUUGCCAAAUGGAAUGAAGAAAGCAUCUGUGAGAUCGGCCUGGGAGAAGAAUAAGUCAGUUAACUAUGAACAGUGUAAGCCUGUUUCAGUAACACCACAGGGUAAUGAUUUUGAGUAUACGGCAAAAAUUAGGACCCUAGCUGAAACGGAACGAUUUUUUGAUGAACUUACAAAAGAAAAGGACCAGAUUGAGGCAGCACUAAACCGAAUGCCUUCUCCUGGAGGAAGAAUCACUCUGCAGACAAGAUUAAAUCAGGAAGCCUUGGAAGAUCGUUUGGAAAGGAUCAACCGAGAACUGGGCUCGGUUCGAAUGACACUAAAGAAGUUCCAUGUUUUGCGCACCUCUGCAAAUCUUUGAGAUUUGUAGCCAUUAAAUUUUGAGACAUUUUGUUUGCACUAAUGUAUAAUUAUGCACUCAGAAGAGGCGAGCUAUUUUGUACUGUUUCUAAGCCUUCAAACAGUACUUUUACAAUCAUGCUAUUCUUACACCUGCUAUUUUAUACUUCAGAUGGCCACAUAUUUUCAAGAUAUUUUUGUUAUGCUCAGGAAUCUCUUCUAUAUUUUACUAUUUAAAAAGCAUUAUUUUUAAAUAGUAUAUCUUCAAUUUAUAUCGAGAAUAAGGAAAUGUAAACAGGCAGGCAGCUUGUUUCUAAACAAAUAGUAUUGUCCUUUUACAAUGAACUUUGCACACCAGUUUUAUAAACUUGUUCUACAUUGUAAAUAUAACUCAUUUUUUUAUAAAAAUAAAUGCUUAACAGCUUCCAUAACGACAGACUCUAACACAUGCUGAAUACAUUUUAGCAUACCUUUCAGUGGUGUGGAGGUUUACAAAAAAUGAUGAUACAAGUCCUAUUGGAAACAUGUUUUAAAGUAACUAUCAGAUAGUAAUACUGGAUUAUUGGAAAGUUUUGAAGGCUCCAUAAAUAUUAGUCAUUUUAUUUCCCUAAAACCUUAUUGUUUAUAAGGAAAUAAAUAAACAGAGGGAUAUAAUUCUCUAAUUUUGUCUCAUAAUAGUACUUUGAAAAAGCAAUUGGAGAGCUGAAGGCCUCUGCUCCCCAUUCUAAUUUGACUUGUAUCCCCUGGACAAGAAAGGCAUGGGUAAAGCCUUGAUGAGACACAGGGAUGUACCCUAGCCAUCUGUGUCACCCCACGAGGAGCCAGUGGGACCCUGGUUUCCUUAUAGCAGGUGACUUCGGCUGCCAGUCAGUUAUCUUCCAGGCCUUUUCACCCCUCUCCACCUCCUCCACCCGUGCCAGAAGGAAAAGCAAAUACUCCAAUUGUCUGUGCUUCAAGAUCCCAAGGUUUGGACCAGUGCUCUGCCUGUUUGUGGACAGGGAAUGUGUCAACAGAACCUGCUGCCGUUGCUUGACCUGGCUAGAGGGCUGCAGCCCACUGUCUGGGCAGUGCUUCCUGGUUCAGAAGUAGCCUGUGGGCAGCAGCAGGUUAGGAUGGCACUGCUUAACCUCCAAAGUUUUUGCUGGCCAGUCAGACCUAGUGCCCACACAUUCAAGCUCAGCAUGAGUUGGUAAAUAGACUGAUUAGACACAGGGACAUAUAUUUAGUUGGUAAACAGAACUGAUUCCCACUGGCAGUGCUCAGGUUCUAAAUCCUGGUUUGCUUUUGAGCGUUUUUCCUCCCUUAUGUGGCUCUUAAAAAUAUGUAUUUACAGUGCACCAAUUCCACUCAAUGACUCCUCAAGGUAUGCAUGUCUUCCUGCAGGAUCUCCAGUGGUUGUUGAGCACCUUUCACCCUACAUCACCUGUCUGAUCUCCAGGGCUAGGCCCACAUCCCUGCUCCCUUCUUCCUGUGGGGAUUCUUAGGCAGGAAGAAAGACCCUUGGGACAGAGCACCUGAACUUUUGCACUCAGCUUCUGCAACCAGUUGAAGACUUUGAGCUAAUCAGAAUUACUUAUCAAUAGAAUCAAGUGCCUUCCUUCUUGAUUUUGUCUUCCAGCCCCACACCCCAAACUUCUAGUUAAUAAUAAAGAAGAAGUUCAUUUUAA